UGAUCAAAUAUAAAAAAAAACAUCUCGUGUUCAGUGUACUUGCCAUUUGUCUGUGUAUUGUGAGAUUCUACCAUGCCAUUUAUAUUAUGAAAGACCUUUCUUCUCGCUCUUAUAAAUGUGACUCUUCUCCUCUCCAUUUACACAACACUUAAUGAAAAAGACAGCCUACUUCUAACGUUAUUUCUCUUUUUCUUGUUUCUUUCAAAUAUUAAACAUCUAUUCAUUUCGACUUGAGAUGGAAUACAUCACAGAGCUCUCUUUCAAUGGAAAGAAAACCGAAGAUAACCCUUUGACACUCUUUGGUUCGACUGUCAUAAAUAAUCAACAAAACCAAAUACCUCAAGAGUUUGUAUGGCCGGACGAUAAGAAACCCUCUGCUAACAUUCCGAUCCUCCAGAUCCCCCUCAUCGACCUCGCCGGUGUCCUCUCCGGCGACCAGUUUUUGGUCUCGGAGGCAACAAGACUCGUGGCAGAAGGGGCAAAACAACAUGGUUUCUUCCUGGUCACCAACCAUGGAGUCGAUGAGGGACUCAUGUCUAGUGCAUGUACACUAAUGGACAGAUUCUUUAAGUCACCGACUUGUGAGAAACAGAAGGCUCAGAGGAACCAUGACGAAAGCUGGGGUUACACUAGUAGCUUUGUAGGAAAAUUCAAGAAGAAUCUCCCCUGGAAGGAAAUGCUGUCAUUUAGGUUCUCCCCACAGGAGAAGAGCGAGAAUCAUUCUGAAAUCGUUAAAGACUUCAUUAUUAAGAAAAUGGGACAGGGAUACAACGAUUUUGGGAGUGUUUAUCAAGAAUACGCGGAGGCCAUGAGCAAUCUCUCACUAAGGAUCAUGGAACUUCUUGCAAUGAGUCUUGGAAUCAAAAGGAGCCAUUUUGUAGAUUUUUUCGAAGACAACGAAUCCAUAUUGAGAUUGAAUUACUACCCAAAGUGCAAGCAACCGAAUGAUGUAUUAGGGUCAGGACCACAUUGCGAUCCAACCUCUCUAACAAUACUUCAACAAGACCACAGUGGUCUUCAAGUUUUCGUGGACAACCAGUGGCAAUCAAUCCCUUAUAACCCUCAAGCGUUGGUGGUUAACAUUGGCGACACUUUCAGGGCUCUAACCAAUGGAAGAUACAAGAGUUGCUUGCAUCGAGCGGUAGUAAAUAGCCAAACCGAAAGAAAGACACUUGUAUUCUUCCUAUCUCCGAAAAUGGACAAAGUGGUGAAGCCACCAGAAGAAUUAAAAGGCGAAAGAGCGUAUCCUGAUUUUACAUGGUCUUUGCUUCAUGAGUUCGUAAUGAAACAUUAUAGAACAGACGAGAACACGCUUAAAGAGUUCACAAAAUGGCUUAAAACCAGAAGAAUUUUCUUAUGAAGAAUCGUGGCAAUUAAAAAAAAAAAUUGAACUGUUGAAAGUGACCUUAUAUGUUUUUUUUUUUAUAUAUAAAGAUGUUAGACAAUCUCCCAUGGUUGUUUUUAUUGAGCAUAUGUACUAUAAAUAAAUAAAGAGUGAGAAAGAGAGACAAACUCAGUAUGAGAGGAAAAAUAUUACAAGAAUCAUAUUGAAUAAUACUAUAUUUUAUUCAACGUGUCAUAUAACUGACCUAUUUAAAGACUGAAUAGAACGAUUUACAUAGAUCGAUUCAAGAACACAUAGGUUGAUGGAGGGUACGAACAAGAUAUCAGCUCGAUCUAGGGUUUUCGAUUGAAAACUCUAAAGACUUGCUUCUGAAGAUGAAUUUAAUUUCAUUAUAUAAAACUCUUAAACCGUCAUUAAAAUCCUUAACCUAAAUAGAAAAGGCAAAACACAAACCCUAAGUAAAAAGGAAAUAACAAAAGGAAAGUUUUCGUUGAAGUAACUGCUGCAUCAGGUCCCCUGGGGUGAAGAGGAUUCGUCUGCGAAUUUUGAGGGACGUCCGGCGGAAAAUAUCGGGACAGGUACUUGAAUUUCGGAUAUCAGAAGUAGUGAUAUCCGAAAGAAGGCGUAGUUGAUAGGCAUCGUCAUUUAUACGUUCGAGAACUUCCACCGGGCCGAUCUUCUUUGCCUUGAGUUUAUCAUAUGCAUGAGCCGGCAUACGGUCACGAUUCAAAACCACCCAGACAAGGUCGCCUACGUCAAUGACAAGCCGUCGACGAUGUGCAUCAGCGGCAGUUUUAUACUUUGACACCGCAGCUUCGAAAUUGGCUUUAGUUUGAACAUGCGUCUCCACAAGCUGUUCCAUGAAUGUCUCUGCAUCUCCAUGAAGACGCUGGCGGUCGGGUAAGGUAGAUAGAUCAGUAGGCGCACGAGGAACCAAACUGUAAACAAUUUGAAACGGACUGAAGUGAGUACUACGGUUAACAGCAUGGUUAUUAGAAAACUCUGCUUGAGUCAACUUUGAAUCCCAACAUUUGAUUGAAGUUCCCACCAGGCUGCGCAAAAUAUUACCAAGCGAACAAUUAGUAACUUCGGUCUGUCCAUCGGUCUAAGGAUGAUAAGCAGAACUCAUAUCGAGGCUUGUAUUCAGUAAUUUCCAUAAGGAGCACCAAAAAUGUCCAAGAAAACGUGAAUCUCUAUCUGACACAAUCGACAAUGGUAACCCGUGCAAGCGAUAGAUCUCGCAGAAAAAUAAUGUAGCGACCUGGACAGCAUCGGUGGUACGCUUACAAGGUAUAAAAUGGACCAUCUUGGAGAAAUGAUCGACAACAAAAAAAUUGAAUCGAAUCCGUUUUGAGUUCGUGGUAAACCUAUCACAAAACCCAUACUAAUAUCAGUCCACGGCUGUGUCGGUAUAGGUAAUGGAAGAUAUAAGCCUGCGUUUGAAGCUUGACCUUUAGAGGUUUGACAAAUCACACAACGCUCCACAAAUCGUUCAACAUCCCGGCAAAGAGAAGGCCAAAAGUACAACGCUGAGAGCAAUUGUAGCGUGCGAUCUCGCCCGAUGUGACCCUCGUUGUGAAGUUCUGAAAUAAGUUGUAAACGAAGACUGCAGUCCGGUAUAGAUAAUCGGUUUUCGUGAAAGAGGAUUCCAUCUUGUAAAGCAUAGGUCGUUGAAGAUCCUGCUAACGGGGCAGUCCAUAUCGAACCAAAGAAUGGGUCGGAAGGAUACAUGUCUGCGAAAGUGCUAAACCCUGGAACGGACACAUGAAGAACUGCGAGUAAAGUGAAGCAAGCGAGCCUCUCGAUUGAGGGAGACCGAUCUGAGUCAGUUUAUCUAGUAUUUUAGGAAAUGUUCGGGAUAGAUUCACGUAUUCCCGGUCUUUUUGAUAUAAAUUAGCGCUUUUGUGGUACGGGUGGUUGUGUCGUCAGCUUAGGACAUCUGCAACUCGAUUACUAAUGUUACGGCCAUAUCUUGAUGUUACAUGCUGGUCUUGGUUUGCAUCGUUGUUCUCUGCUACUUGCUCUUGUUCACCAGCGUCUAAGGCUUCUUCUUCUUCAUUAUUGUUUUGCUCAUCAUGGUGUUGGUGAUCUUGAUGCUCAUCACCAUCUCCUUCUUCUGUAACAUCGAUAUGAGAAAGCUUGAAUGAUCCUGGUUCUUCGUCCACGUUUGUUGAUAGUGUACACCAAUCCCAACUUUUCUUCUCGUCAAAGAUUACAUCUCUACUAACAACUAUCUUCUUCACGACCAGAUCAUAGAGCAUGUAAGCUUUUGAGCCAGGCUCUGUGCCUAGGUUGAUCACUAUCCUUGAUCGAUCAUCCAGCUUCUUAAGAUGAGGACCGUUGAUUUUUGCGAAAGCUACACAUCCAAAGACCCUUAGAUGCUCAAUGUUCGGUUUCUUAACAUACAAGCCUUCGUAUGGAGUCUUGUUUUCCAAAGCCUUUGUAGCAAUGCGGUUUAUGAGAUACGUUGACGUACUGCUUCUCCCCAUAGCUGAUUAGGUAUCUUCAUAGCUUUCAUCAAACUUCUAGUCAUCUCCAUUAGUGUUCUAUUUCGUCUCUUGACCACACCGUUUUGUUGCAGUGUAUACGGUGCGGUGAGAUGUCUAAUUACACUGUUUUCUUCACAAAAACGAAUGAACUCAAAAGAUGUGAACUCUCCUCCUCUAUCAGUGUAAAAAGUCUUGAGUUGUAGCUUCGUCUGAUUCUCCACGUACUCCUUGAAAUUUUUGAACCGAUCGAACGCUUCACUAUUCCCUCUUAGCAGCAUCGUGCAAAUAUAUCUUGAGUAAUCAUCAAUUAAGACAAAUACAUAUCUAUUGGUUGCUGGUGUUGAUGGUGAUAUCGGACCGCACAUGUAACACCCCCAAACCGUCCUAGGCAUAGGUCGACCCACCGGCCAACAAUCAAACAAGAACAUGACCGAUGGACGACCCCCACCAAGGGUUAGAGAUGAAAGGCUAACCGGCCAGCCAACAAUCAAACAAGAACAUGACUGACGUCCAACCCAACACCAUGGUUCGGAAGCGCUACAUGACGAGUUAACGGGAAAUCCGGCCAAGGUCACAAGAAGUGCAAUCCGUGACUAGGCCAGUCUACCCACUAACAUGUCCCGUCAUAUUCAGGCCUAAGGCUUUUCAACCCGUACCAGAACCUAACGUUCUGUUAGCUGGACUAGCUAAUAUCAGUAACAACAAGUUAUUUUACACAAAAUAUUCCUUUAUUUAUCAUAUGUGAUUCAUGUUCGCAAACACAACAUAUUAUACAAGUAGUGGCAAGCCAAACGAGUAAAAGUACAUACUUAUAUUCUGAACAACGUCUUUAGCAAAAAGAUGCAAACUCUACACCAGCCGGCCUAACUCCCCGCGACUUCUACAGGCUGACUCGGUCUACUGGUCACCUGAAAGCAACAACGAGUGAGGAGUGAGUAAUCUAGUAUUACUCAGCGAGUUACAAUCCCCAACUAACAAAUACAGCCCCUCGCAAUCCCACCCCAAACAAUCUAAAGCGAGAGAUUCACCUAAUAGCACAAUUCAAUAACAAUAAGCAAUAUCGAAAAUACGCAGCAGAUAAUAAUAGCUAGAUAGUUAACGAUAUGAAAUCAUAACCGCUAAUGACUUGCUACCACUCAAUCUAGGGUUCAACAACCCUCUACACCCUCUACACUAUAACUAGGGCCCUUUGUGACUUAGUGUUCCUCCUCUAUCCUCGGUAAUAUCCUAUCUCCCUACCACAAAGGCCAGAAGAAGGAACUUUCAACCGAACGCGGCCCAGAGUACAGUCGGGUCACCGCGCGACAGCCCCAGUACAGUCGGGCCACUGCCGGUCACUACCCCGUCCGUGUAACCACUCAGCCAUGGGUCAUCGUCUCUCUGAGUGUUCUCGAUCCAGCGAAUAAAGGGUUUCCUUAAACACGCUGGGUACGAGGUCGAGGAAACACUAAUCCACCUCAAACAUGCCUAGCAUUGUGGGUUACACAAAUGCUAUAUGGACAAUACAUGACUAAUACUAAACCCGGUAAAAUAACACAAGGUUACUAGUAUUAAUCGCAAAUUAACACAAUCAAUAUAUUCCAGAAUCUAGCCUAAAGACUAAUUCCUGAAUACCUAACUAUCCACAACUUAGCGAUAUCAUCUAAGCAUUCCGCAUUCCCUAACUAACCUAACCAUUACCAUGCUACUACGAUUCUCAAGCAAUAACAAGCAUGCUAUCAACUCAUGGAGAUGGUCAUGUUGGUCGUGACCGAACUCUGCAUCUCCUUACACGUUCAUACUACUGGCCAACCUUGCGUCGCGAUGUUGAAAGAUUUGUGGAAAGGUGUGUAGUGUGCCAACGUUCGAAGGGUCAUGCCACCAAUGCUGGCCUUUAUUUGCCUCUUCCUAUCCCUACUCAGCCUUGGAGUGAUAUCAAUAUGGAUUUUGUUAUGGGACUUCCUCGCACUCAAAAAGGCUUCGACUCUAUAUUUGUGGUGGUCGAUUGUUUCUCCAAAAUGGUGCACUUCAUCCCUUGUAAGAAGACGACGGACCCACUUCAGGAUGCCGUUCUGUUAUUCUGUGAAGUUUAUUGUCUCCAUGGCUUGCCCACAUCUAUCAUUUCAGACCGAGAUUCUCGUUUCUUAGGUUACUUUUGGCGUUCCCUUUGGAAGAUAUUAGGCACCAGCCUUGAUAUGAGUUCAGCUUACCAUCCCCAAACUGAUGGUCAAACUGAAGUCACUAACCGUUCCUUGGGAAAUUUGCUCCGUUGCCUUGUGGGUGACUCCAUCAAAUCAUGGGAUUCAAAAAUUCCCCAAGAAGAAUUUGCUCACAACCACGCUUUGAAUAGGAGUUCAGGUUUUAGUCAUUUUCAGGUAGUUUAUGGCAUGAUCCCGCGUGGACCUCUCGAUCUUACUGUCUUGCCUGAUCUCACUAGACGCCAUUGUGUUGCUGCUGACUUUAUCGGCGAUACUAAUGCUGUCCAUGACCAAGUGGUCUCCAACUUACAAACGUCUGCGGCUACCUACAAGAAUGCGGCUGAUGCUCAUCGUCGUCGUGUUGUAUUUGAAGUGGGAGAUCAAGUGUGUGUAGGAUGCCGGCUCAUUCUUACAAUAAGCUAAAAGCUAAGAAGAUCGGUCCUCUUGAAGUUCUUGAACGUAUCAACGACAACGCCUAUCGUCUUCAACUGCCUUCUCAUAUCACGACAUCAGAUGUUUUCAACGUUUGCUAUUUAUCACGCUAUGUUUCUCCUGAUCCGUUGCCUGAUUCGGGGUCGAAUCUUUCUAACCCCGGGGACCUAAUGUAGCAUCUUGAUAGCUUUCCCGCCAAGCAACAUUCUCGUUAAGAUUUGAAUUUCCUUUUUGUUUUGUGUUUUGAUUUUCCUUUGUGUUCUUAGUUUCCUAUUUCUAUAAGGGAAAGUUAUCAUCAACCGACCCUAAGACCGUAUAUAAAGGCAUCGAUAUGUAAUUAUAUUACUUAGUUUUUGAAAGAUAAUAAACUAGGGUUUUCUCUAAAGCAUUGCAUUGAUUCGAUUCUGUCAUCAAUACGAGAGCCUUGUAUCGAAUUUGAUUAAAUUCUUCGAUCCAAGAAGUCAGGUCUCUAAAGGUUAACCUAAAUCUUUAAAUUUGAGCUGAGUUACCGUUGAUACGCUGCGCCAGAAGCAAACACAAAACACAGAAAAAAAUCAGAAAUGUAUCUUAGGUCGGAUUCUAAAUAGUAGACUCCAAACUAAGUUCAAGCCAAAAACCUCAUAUUUAUAGCUUCAGCUCCACAAUAUUCAUAUGAACCAAACUACAUAAAAAUCUGAUUAGAACGAGAAAUAUGCAUUACUAUGAUUUCAGUAUUUCAGACUUAAAAGUUAAACCA